AUGCGCAAGUCUAGCAGAUCUGCUGAAUAACAAUCUGGGACUUUCUAAAAGGAAUUCGAUAACUUGAGAGUGACUAAAUUUGAUAUAUUAAGAUUGCUCGAGACAAGCAAGUCCACUUAAGACAUCAUCAAAUUUCUUGCAGGCCACUUAGCUACUAAGCCAUAGGUUGAUAAGAUAAGAACAGUGAAUAAUGACCACUACAUGCACCGAUAAAGAGUUUAGUAGAACUAGGAUCAAAGUUAGAGAAUCUUGGAAUUGCAAUAAAAAAAGAGGGAAAAGCAAGAGUAUGUGAGAGAACUUAAGAGUUAAUUAAAGCAAUAGCGAAAUCAAGAUUAAAUAUUAAGGAUGCAAUCAACACCAGAUUAAAAUCAAUUAUUGAAUACAUAUAGAGGAUUCAAUAUAGUCGAUAAUGAGUGCAAAAAUGCUCUUAAGAGUCUAGCUGAUUUGAAGUCUGUGAUCGAUGAAUUAAAACCUAAAAAUAAUGGAAUGGCUGCUGAGUAAAAUUAGUCUCAAGCUAAUAAGAGCAAACUUAUGUUUGAAUAAAAAUUGUAAAUUGCAAAGGACAAAACAAAGGAUUGCCUUGAAAAAUUAUCAAAUUCAACAAAUCAAAACAAACUAAUUCAAAAGUUUGAAUAAAUAAACAUCAGAGAUAUAUUGAAAGUUUCAGAGCUAAUUGAUGAGUCGAAGGAUUAUAUAUUAUAAAGAUUGAACUCUAAGAUCUCUCAGCUAUCUGAAGAUUCCUAGAAUGCAUCUACGAAAAUGACUUAAGAUCUAAGUAUUUUAACUCAGUCAUCGAAAAUAGAAGAAGUUUAAAGGGUUUUCUCUGACACAUAGGCUACUUAUAUCAAAAUCCAAAAAGUAAAAGAAUAAUGUGAAAAAUCAAAUUAUCAGAGUCUCAACCCUGAAGUAAAAAAUCAACUGGCUUUCGAACAAGAAUAGUCUACUUUAGGCUACCUUUAAUAAAUUCUUGAACAGCACGAGCUUACUAAUUAAGAUCUCAACCUUUAACUUGAACAUUUCAGGGAUAUAGUCAAUAUAAAAGUAACACCUGAUUUUAUAAAAGAUAAGGAUGAAUCUCUUAGGAGGCAGAGAAAAUUUAUUUAGGCAUACAUGACUAUUGCUCUUAAGUUUAAGCAAAGAACUGACGGCUUUGUGGCUUAGAACUUUGCAAAGUUAGGGCAAAAUGAAUUGCCCCUACUUCAAACUAUCAGCUAGAGUUAUAUCGGCUAUUUGUAGAAGCUAAAUGAAAAUAUGCAAAAUCCUAAACAAACUAUGAAAAUAUUGAACAUAAUGUUUAGGAAACAAGUAAUCAGAGAUAUGUGCUUGGAUUAAACUGAACUUGCCAAUACCUUCCUCAGAGGAACAUUCAAUCCCACCAGAUUAUCACAUGAUCAAACUCUAAUCAACCUGAAUUUGAUUGUAUGUAAUGGAUAGAUCGAAAGAGAUAUAAGAGGUUUCAUAAAUUCAUUAAGAAGUAAACUUAUAAAUUUGGUGGUUCUAGAAAAUGAAGAUAAAAAUGGUUAGGGAAAAAGAUUAAGAGACAGAGAUGAUAGACUCAAAAACCUUCUUAAAGAAAUAAAGUCUUAUAAUUAAGUUUUCUUGCCUAAUCAUGAGAAGCAAAUGAAUAAUAUGGUUGUUAAACUAAAAUGCAUUCUGAAUUAAGUUAACCCACACAGUUUCAAACUAUAUGUGCAAGAUAAAAGACAGUAGAAUAUAAGAUACCAAAACUCUAUCAGUUUCAUUAAAGACUCUGGAAUAUAAUAUAAAGAUUUCAAAACUGGAAUGAUUAAGCACGAUUAGGGGAAAUCAGUGGGAGAAUAUUAGCAGAUGAUUUUCACUUAGAAUCAGGUCUAUUGA